ACAUCCAUGGGCACUAUGCGAGAGUCCGUCUGCGUGUGUGCUGACCAUGAACCAUGGGUGUCUCGGGUGUUCUCUAUCUGCAUGGUUUGGCAUGACCUUGGCUGGCAGUGCUGUGUUCCAGUGCUCCCACCCGGCCUCGAGGGAGUCUGGGUUUUAUCUCUGCCCUCCUGGACCAUUUCUAGCUCUCCUCCGAAGACCUGCUUUGCCGUGGACGUGGUGGCAUCCCGCGUCGCUCGUGCCUCCCCCAGUAACGGCCUUCUCCCCGUCCCAGAGCGUCGUCCCACCAGCCAGAAGCCUGAGGAGAGCUGGCCAAAGCAUCGAAAAAUUGACCCUCCCUGGGCAUCCACCCUGCCACGUGCCUCAGCUGGCUCCCCGCCGGCCCGCAGUGACCCACGGGGUGGCAGUGGGCACCUCUAUGGCCCACGGGUUCGCGAGUCCCACGGGCACUCCGGCAGUGGGGGUGCAGACGGGCRGCAUGGGCUGGAGAGGCAGCAGUACACAGUGCUGGCAGACCUGCCCAAGCCCAAGCGCCUCAGCCAGCGGGACGCUGUUGGCCGCCAUGGUUCCCGAACACUCAGCCCUGGCCGAGUGGAGGUGGAGAGGAUGUUUGGAUGUGAACGCAGGAAAUCAGAGACACUGGAGGCCUUCCAGGCUCUGGAGGAGGGCCGUGUGGACCGGCUUGAUGGCAAGACACCGGUGCCACCCAGCAAAGGCCACCUAACUCGGAGGCGGUCCAGUCCCAACCUGUCCAGGGAGGGACAGCGACUCUCCUGGCAGGUCGAGCAGCGCAGCAGAGACCCCAAGAAAUCCUUGCCUUCCCCCAGCCCGUCUCGGCACUCAGAGAAGGCCAGCAGGAACCGCAGGGACUCCCCACGCCCUGCCAGCCCUGGCUGGCUGCUGGAGAGAGGCAGCCGCAGCCCACGCUCUGUGAGCCCAGCCCCCAGGUUGGAGAGGAGGGCAGGGGAGCCUGGUCGCACUGAGAAAAGCUGGGGAAGCCGAGGGGAGCCCUCCCGCCCCCCAAACCUGGAGAGGGGCCAAGCCACCUGGCAAGCAGGGGCUAUGUGGCAAGCACUGGAGAAGAAGAGCACAAGUGCCAGGAAGGGCUCAGAUAACAGCAGGCUGAGCCGGGCAGGGCCACCACCACGGGCUCUCAGUCCUGGGAGACGUACAGACAGCACAUGGAAAAGCCAAAAGGAGAUUUCCCCUCSCAGCUUGGUGCGGGGCACAGACAGGCAACGAGUGAAGCCAGGGGAACCGCUGCACCUUGCAGGUCCCAGGAAGCCAUCUGAAUGCAUCUGGCAGAGCCUCCGGGAAAAGGUGACAUCCUCCCAACCUGGAAAGGACUCCAGCAGUGACUGCAAAGGUCGAGGCAAGCCCCUGCGCCCCACAAGCCCAACACGACCAGUGGAGCAGGACUGGAGGGGCCGGGGAGAUGUCCACCAAGCACAGGUGCGAGAGAAGGACUGGAAGCGCCAAGAGAUGCCCGUGUGCCAUGCAAAUGCAGUGCACCAGCCAGGAAGGGACUGGAAAAGCCCUGCUAGAUGUUUGGAYGUGGGAUUACGGUCAGAUGACAGCUGGAUAAGGCCUGAGAGUCCAGUGGAACAUGUGGAGGARGACAGGAAGUGUCCUGAGCGCACCCGAGAUACACAUAGCCCCGAGAAGCCAUUGGAAACUGACUGGGGGAACAAGAGUCUUCUCACUUACCAUCCUCAGCUGGGUGGAAGCACCUUCCCACCUCAAAGCAGUACCAGCWCUUCUGGAAGCCCACAGCCACAUUUGAAUGCCAGUAAGAAGCACAACAAGCCCGAUCUUCUCAAUUUCAAGAAGGGAUGGAUGUCCAUUCUGGACGACCAGGGAGAGUGGAAGAAACAUUGGUUCGUGCUGACCGACUCGAGCUUGAGGUAUUACCGGGACUCGAACGCGGAGGAGGCUGAUGACCUUGACGGCGAAAUCGAUCUCCGUUCCUGCACGGAUGUGACGGAGUUCGCAGUGCAGCGCAACUAUGGCUUCCAGAUACACACAAGGGAUGCCGUCUUCACCCUGUCAGCGAUGACCUCUGGCAUCCGGCGCAACUGGAUCGAGGCCCUGAGGAAGAAUGUGCGCCCAGUCAGUGCUCCAGACGUCACCAAACUCUCUGACUAUGACAAGGAGAACUUCCAUAACUGCGUUCCCCAAAAAGGCUCACUCCGGAYGGAAGAGCAGCAGUGGCCAGGCUCAGGCUCUGAGGGGAGCUCCAAGGGCAGUCACUGGAAGGCAGAUGGGCAGCAGCAUGCUUUUGACUACGUGGAGCUGUCUCCCUUGCCACAGGACCCUGGGAAUCAGGGGUCCCUGCAGAGGACGAAAGGGAGCUCGAGGGUCUCCGACCGAACUCCCAAGUACGAGGAGCUGGAGCGGGAUUUGGCCAUCCGUUCGGAGGAGAGGCGGAAAUGGUUUGAAAGCCCCGACGGUAGGGUCUCAAACAGCGAUGGYCCAGCAGGAGACUCCUCCCGCAAGGCCGGGGAGCAGGACCUCCCUGCUGCUCCACUUUCAGAGGACCAGCGGAUUCGUCUGAAUCAGGAGAUAGAGAAGAAGUGGCUGGAGCUGGAACGCCUGCCCUUGAAGGACUUGCGGCGGGUKCCCUUGACAACACUGCUGAACCAGAGCAAGGGGGGCCAGGGAGACUCCAAUGAGGUCCUGAAAAAGGAGAUCCAGUCACUGCAGGCACAGCUGGAGUCCUGCUGGGCCAGAAACGAGAGCCUUAGGGAGGCAGCAAAAUCCCAGGGAGACRCCCAUGUGCCCCGAGGGUACAUCUCACAGGAGGCGUGUGAGCGCAGCCUGGCUGAGAUGGAGUCAUCCCACCAGCAAGUGAUGGAGGAGCUCCAGAGGCACCACCAGCGGGAGCUGGAGCGGCUGCGGCAGGAGAAGGAGCGGCUCCUGGCAGAGGAAGCGGCGGCCACGGCAGCAGCYAUCGAGGCACUGAAGAAAGCCCACCGGGAGGAAAUGAAUAAGGAACUGGGCAGGACACGGAGCUUCCAGCAAUGCAGCUCGCUCCCAGAAGCCCUCCAGAAGCAGCACCAGUUGGACGUGGAGUCGCUGAAGAGGGAACUGCAGGUGCUUUCUGAGCAGUAUUCCCAAAAGUGCCUGGAAAUUGGGGAGCUCACCCAGAAGGCAGAAGAGCGGGAGCAGAUACUGGAGCACUGUCAGCGAGAGGGGAAGGACCUCCUCCGGAAAAAUCAGGAGCUGCAGACCCGCCUCUCAGAGGAGAUCGGGAAGCUGCGGAGCUUUAUUUCAUCACGGAGCUCUGGGGACCGUGCUUCGCACAACAAUGAGCGGAGUUCCUGUGAGCUGGAGGUGCUGCUGCGGGUGAAGGAGAAUGAGCUCCAGUAUGUAAAGAAGGAGGUGCAGUGCCUCCGGGAGGAGCUGCAGAUGAUGCAAAAGGACAAGAGAUUUGCCUCAGGGAAGUACCAAGAUGUCUAUGCAGAGCUGAAUCACAUUAAGGUGCGCUCAGAACGAGAGAUCGAGCAGCUGAAGGAGCACCUGCGCCUGGCCAUGGUGGCUCUGCAGGAGAAGGAGUCGCUGUGCAACAGCAAGUAACGGAUUUGGUGAGGGAAAGCAGCAGGAGUGCCCCUGGCCAGAGAAUGAGAGACUUGCAGUGCUGUUAUCCAGAAGUUUGCUCCACCUUUGAGUUUGAGGGGGAAAAUAAUCUCCUUCACCACACUGCUCCCAAAAUUCCUUGUUGACCCUGAUUCUCAUGGAGGAAGAACUGAGCCUGGGCUGCAUUAUUAAAUCCAAUAUUGCAAGGACACAUGGCUCUGCAAAUUACUGUCAAAGUAAACAGUAUACAGAGAUCUUGGGAUGAGAGGGAUAUCAAACACUUUCCUCCUACUGUUUUUCUUUGUGAAGCAUAUUGCUUUUUUUUGUCAGGAUGGAGGACCUGGGGGUGACUACUUCUCGUUCAGCCCCAUCCCAAUGUAAACAGGAGCUAUUGUUCUACAGAGAGGGUGCUGGCGAUUAUGGAAGAGACCUAAUUGUGGGCACCUUCUGGGGCUGGAGGCAGCGUCUGAAGAGAAGACACAGGGGUCAAGGAGGAUCCUUGGAUGGAGGUGACAGAUGUGUUGRCUUGGAGCCUGGAGUACUGAGACCUGGGGAGGGAAGCAGAGUGUAAGAAUGUGGUGGCAGCCAGAAUGAGGGGAGUUAGGGUGGCACUCUUUUGCUCAGCAAGUGUUCACGUUGACAUGGUAUUGGCAUCCCCUGGGGCAGGAGGAUGCAGGUCUGCCUUUCCCUUGGGAGGGGCUGCAGGGACUACUCUCCUUAAGUAAGGCAACCACUUUGUUAGUCACAAAUUCUGGUAAAGUUGGGUUGCAGAUUUUAGUCACGUGCACGAAGCUCUUGGGCAACCCAAUGGAUGGUGCAAGAGUCCAAGCAAUGAGCUCAGCUCCCCACUAUGCCUGUCAAGCACCAGGACUUGCUCUURAUGGUUCUUGGCUUCCUGCCUCUGGGCUAGAAACCAUUUUUUCUCUGUGCUGCUCAAGGUCCAGGCUUUUCCCUCUGCCUUCCAGCAGGACAUGGCUGUUGCC